AUGGGUUUGGCCAAUGUGAAGCUUCUGAUCUGUUUCACUAGGCCUGUGAAGUUACACAAACCCAUGUAUCUUUUGAUUUGCAACCUGGCUGUUGUUGAUAUUAUGAUUACUUCAAGUGUAAUUCCAACAAUAAUUGGUGUUCUUUUCGGUACUGUUAAAAGUAUAUCCUAUGUACCCUGCCUAAUUCAAAUGUUUGUUUACCACUGGUCGUCCGUGAUGGAGAUGUUUGCAUUAGCUUUCAUGGCAUUUGAUCGUGUGCUUGCUGUCAGUUAUCCUUUUCAAUACCACAAUUAUUUAACAAAUGCACGGACUCUCAUCACAGCAUCGAUCCUCUGGCUCUCUUCAGCUUGUAUUAUAGCUGUCACGCCUGCAACUGUGAUCCCCCUCCCUCAUUGCUACCCCAAGCUGAAAGUGGGUUUGGUGUUAACACUGGAGGAAUGGUAUGGUGUAGUGUUUGUUGUCAUCAUUGGCCCACCUUUUGUAAAUCCAUUUGUGUAUUGUCUCAGGACUAAAGAGAUUAGAUUUAAACUCAUGAAGGUUUUCUAA